AGGGAGGUCACAACGAGUGUUCUAUACAGUCAUGCAUAUAUCGUAUGGUCCGAAUAGCUUCGCGUUGAAUUAGUACCAACUUAAAAACAAAAAAUUACGUAUGAAAAUGUCGUCCCAGAAUAAUUUCCUUUUGGAUUUCAGUUCCUCAAAUACUAACCUAAAUGACUUCAAAGGAUGGUUUAUCUGGGUGUAUUAGAUCUCUGAACAGAGAGUCGCAAGUUUUGUAUAAAAUGCGUGAUUUCCAUGCUUCCGCGAUUCACUGUGCAACAGUAUACGCUCAGGCUCCACAGACAACUCCGAUCCGCCGAACAAAAUAUUGUAAAGCCUGUUUUCAAGCGCCCGGCCGACUCAGUGCGAGAGGGCGCUACACUUCCCGGCUCUGCUGCGUUUCCAGAUAAUAAUUCAAGGGGUCACUAGGUCUUUCAAUAAUUACAAUCCGACUUUUGGUUCAUAGGUUACAAAUAAAACAAAUAUUCAUUCGUAAAUAAAGUAAAUAAUAAUUAAUUCAGAUAUUAUGAUUUUGGUAUCAUUUUAAAGAGCAAGUUUUCAUUAAAUAAUUUCUAUUUGGAUCGAUUUCUCACAACGCUUUGCACGUGGUCGGAAAACAGGGUGAACGAACUAUAUGCAGUGAGCCUGGCAACGUUGUGCGUUGUGACAGAAAUGGCGUCUCAUUUCGUGCGCGAUGAUUUGCGCAAAUUCGUGUUACUAGAUUCAAUUUAUAGAGCUGCGGGGACAUCGCAAAAGGAAACCGAGUGUCUCUUUUUGAGAAAUCUACGACCAGGUAAUUAUUCAGUCUUUUAUUUUAUACAAAUAUCAGGAGAAAAGUAUAAUUUAAAGUGAUUAAAAUCGUCAUGUACUGAACGUUAGUAUGAAUUCACUGGGAAUCCCGAUGCGAAAAUGGAAAGUAUGAAAAGCUGUCCCAAUAUUUGUUCGGAUGGCUUAUUUCUCAUUAUCAAACUUCCUAAAGUAUUGUGAUAGGAUAAUAAUACCAGAUUUAUAAAUAUAAAGCAUGACAAAAACAUCAAAUGUUGUACAUUUUGCCCUUCAAGUUCAUGGUUCGGCAUGGUACACUUUCACUCGUCUCAACCACGAUUUUAGUGUUACACACAGCUCGUCAUCCGCUUUUUUUUGGGGCGAUACCAUUUUUAGUAUAGGUGUGAAAAACGAAUGUGCAUUGUAAAACUAAUGAAAUAUUAUUGAUAUUGUCUGCACUUUCCAUCAGAAAAUAUUUAGUUUUAGGAAAUUUGUUCCAUAAUAUUACAAUUUAUAAUAGUGUUGCACAUUUUCUGCAUAUUUUCCAUAUUGUCUACUUGUGUUUUUUUUCUUUUGCAAGGUCGUCACCCCUAUUUUACCUAUUGGCUGAGUCCAAAAAGUUAAAUCCCAAUUAUUACAUUUAAAAACUUGUUUUGACAGGUUUUUUAUAUAUUUUUUUAAAAUAAAAGUAGGCUUUAGGCUACUACACUAGCCUAGGUCUAGGGUGAAUGAAAACAUGCCAACCACUGAUGCCAAAAUAAAGUGAAAUGCAACUCAUAAUUAGUAUUAUUAUGUGAUUGUGAAAACCUUCCAAAACAAAAUAACAUUUUAUAUUGUCACUUAGUUUUUUUCAAUAUCUUUGCAUCCCACAAUGACGCAAGUCAUCUUUUAAUCUUUAUUGAAAUUAAAUUAUUCAACAAUAAAAACAAUUGUUCUACUUGUGAGUUCUUGUAUUUUUUUUCUUAAUCCAGAUUCACUUGGAAGCGAUUUCCAAAUUACUUACGCAUGGGUGUAUAUCCUUGAUGCUGGUAUUCGUACUCGUGGAUGGACCAUUACGCGUGCCUUACCUGAGUGUCUACACAUCCUUGAUCCAGCAGCCAUAAUACCAACCAGAUUGACAUCACUUACAAAUACAGCAAAGCGACUUUGUGAUGCUUGCCAGAAUGAUAAUGAUGUUGCAUCAAUGAUUCACACAGUGGCUCAUCAAUUAUACCCGAAGGAUGCAACCAUCAUAGGGGAUGAAUGUGAGGCAGCUGCUGUAUACACAAAUUGUUUGGAAAAAGAGCAAGUUCCACCAAAAGAUAUUACCGAGAUGAUGGUGUACGAGUUAGAGCUGUACAGAAGCAAGCAGGGUCGAUCUGGAAAAGACCUACUCUCCUGGUUAGGAAAUCUACUUGGUCACAAGCAAAUCUCUUCAGUCAAUAACAAAUCCAUUCUCUCAACAAUACAAGCCAUAAAAAGGAAAAAGCAAGAUGCCGACCACAAGAAGAAAAAAGAGAUUCUGAUAGAAAUGACACAGACAUUGUUUGUCCCCUCUAAAACAAAUGUGUGUGUAGCUACAGGUGAUAACAAAAUGCUCCAACAAUACAAGGCAGACCUGAUGAGAACCAAACAGAAAAACAGGAAACUUCAACUGGAGGUAAACGCUAAACACAAAGAAUUGGAAAACACAACUAAGCAGUUAACUAAGGCCUGUAAAGACAGAAACGCACAAUCUGCUAUUAUCAGCAGUCAAACAAAACAGACAGCUGCCACUAAUAAAGUCAAGAAAGAACUGAAGAAAAGAAAGCGGGAACUCGAUAAUAGCGAAAGUCGAUAUAAACCCCGGAAUGUUGAGAGGAGAGAAUCAACAAUGAUGAAUACCAUACAGAAGCUAGAAAAACAGCAGAAGGACAGCAAAGCCAGACUUCAAGGAGAGCUGACAAAGACAAAGAAAAGGUUGGAAAAGAAAUUGGAUGACCAAACUAGAUCUUGCCUAUCCAGACGGUACUUUGUAAAUAAGUCUAAAAGUCUUCAUGACAAGCUGUCAGAGGUCAUCACUUUAGAAGAUUACAAUAAGUUGAACGACAAAUAUCUGCAACUUAAGCAAGAUUUUGCAACUCUGCAAAUAAAACAUUUUGAGAAAGAACUGGAAAUUGAUCACCUGAGAGAAAAGAAUAAGCCAGUACUGAAGGAAGGGGGUCGAAGUGGAAAGACGUGUGCAUAUUCGGAUGAUGUCCAUGAUUGCUACAUGCGCUUGGCAAGCCUUGGUGUAUCGUCAAAAAAACUAUCAAAAGUUGCUGUUGCUGUUCUCCGAACCAUUGCGCAUUAUGACAUCUCAGAGAGUGAUUUGCCAAAAGCUACUUUCAGGAAGACAAUACCAUCAGAGGCCAAUGUCAUCUCUACAAUACAAGUAGCCAACGAAAUGAAAGAGUGCGUCAAUGCAACAAUACACAGUGAUGGAACCACCAGAGAUGGCGUUAAAGUUGUAGACUUUGAAGUGACAGUCGGGCCAGGCAAAACCAGAACCAUGGGCAUCACAGAAGUAGGUAAAGGGGAUGCUGACACUCAGCUUAGCGCCCUUUUGUUCAACUUGGAGAAAUUGGUGAUAGUAACUCAGGAGUCUGAGGAAACGAGUGAGGAAUGUAAGAAAGAAGAAGUAAAACUGUUGUCUAAAAUAAAGAAUACAAUGGGAGACCAAGCAGCUACACAAAAGUCCUUCAACGCCAAACUGGAAGCUUACAGAAGUGAGGUGGUACCAGCAAUGAUGAAUGGAUGGGAUGAACUUGGGGAGGAAAUACAAGUGCAAAUUCUAACAAUGAACCACUUCUAUUGUAAUUUGCAUAUAUUGAUAGGUAUGGCAACAUACUGCGACAAAGGCCUCAAACAACUGGAAGAAACUGUAUGGGCCCCUAAAUUUGGGCGUCUUGGUGCUGAGGCAAACCCUGAUCUACAAAAUACCGAUGGCUCUUACAGAUACCAGCCAGGAAGUUCUGCUACCCAGCGAUUAGCAAGGACAGCAUGUGAAGCACUGGCUCCUGGCGGAAAUCAACAAGCAAACGCAAUUGGCCGCUUCAAAACAUACCGAGAAAUCCACAAUAUUAAGUUAAUGAAGAUGGCGUCUUUCCGGGCAAACAGAUUUAAUUGCCUCUUCGAUCGAGCUGCCGGAGUGUACUACCACCGACUACACAUUGUCGACGCAUUAGGUGAGGGAUUUAUUGACUGUUCAACAAACAAUCUUCUCAAAGCAGUUCUGGACGACUCAAAAUCACUACCUUUGCUUGCAGGUCUCCGUGCACUUGGAAUCUUGCACAAGCAGCUAACCGAGCCAUAUUGGCUACUCUGCGAGCAUCGUAAUGUGCAGAUUUUGGAUUUUGGACCUCAUAUCCAAAACCUGUACCAGCGUCUGGAUAGUUGGAAGUCUGAUGCAAGUCCACUGUUGAGUGCGGAUUUUCCACCAAUUUUCGUUCUUGCUGAUGGUGAGAUAUUGGAACCUGUUAAGGACGAAGUUUUCAUGGAGUUAUAUGCCAAUCAAGGUGAACAAGUGGACACCAUUACCAAGGAGGCAUUAGAAGUUAUGGCUGCAGAGAUGAUGAUCUUACUCAAGAGGCGAUUUGUAGACCAAUUGGAAGGGCAGUACAGUGGCAACAUACCUCAACAUAUCCGAGAAGAAACACAACACACCAUGAAGACGAACAAGAGGGGAGAAAAUGACUUUGCAUAUUGGGCCCAUGUCAAGGAAACCAAACCUACGCAAUUGGAUGUAAACAUUGAGGGCACUGCGAUGUUUUCACUUAACUACACCGACAAGUACCUAGACCAUCUACGGAAGGCUGAGCCUUUAAAGUACACGAAAGUCAUCAGACAAGGUAGACGCUUGCGCAAGAAAGUUCAGGGAAUUUACCAUGCCCGUGCUCAAGAGAACAAGAUAUCCCAGCAAGAACACAUGCUUGCCAAACAGAGGGACCAUGAAAGGAAGAAAGCAAAGAAAACAGAAUUAGUCCAGUCUCAUGUCAAAUUCAUCAAUGACCAUGGGGGUGAAUGCAAAACACCUGACGACGUCUCCAAAUUUGCAAGUCAAUUUCAAGCUAAGACAGCCAAACGCCAAGGUCUCAACAUCCUGAUGCAGUACAUAAAACAUAAGUAUAGAAGAGUUAUCACUAAACUGAGAAGAGAGGACAAAUCACUGGCCACUAUUGGCAACAAGACAAUAGAAAACAUUCAAGAUGACACUAGCAAGCUGCUCGACCUCAUUGGUGAAAAAAGCAAGGUAUUAGACGCGGAAGUGCUACAACAAGCAUCAACAGUCCAAUCCUUGAACUUGGAACAAUUGAAAACAUCCAUUUUGGAUAAUUCUUCAGCAGAGGACAGCUCUGUGGAUGUUGCCCACAAGUUGAAGGAGCUAGCCCCAAAAUCAUCCGACUCAGAGUGUGAAGAUCAAACGUCUGACUCAGAAGAGGACACUGCCACUUCGGACUCUGAAGAUGACACGGCCACUUCGGACUCUGAAGAUGACACUUCCGCUUCGGACUCUGAAGAUGACGACGACACUGAACCACCCAAGAAGAAAGCCAAAAUGACAUGUUGGAAGCGUGGAGACUACAUCAUUGCAGCGUGGACAGUAUAUGGAAACUGGUUUCCAGGCAUAGUGAGCUCAGUGAUAAGCGAUGAGAUGGCCAUUGUUAAAUAUUUUGUACGUUCAAAAAAUAAGGAUAACAUUUUUGUAUGGCCACCAGACUCUGACAUUCAGACUACUCAUACCAGUCAGGUAUUGGCUUAUAAUGUGGACAUGUUCCCAUGUAGUAACCUCAGAUUCCACCAGCUGAAUAUUGACAUUAACAAGAUGAACCAGGAAUUUGCUGCAUUUAGUAACUCGUCGUAAUUUUGUGCAACUGAUUCAACUGGACAACAAAAUGAAACUCAGUCAAAGGUCAGCACAAAGACAUGUACAUUUAACUUGUGAUGGAUAUCUUUAUUAUGAAAUGUAACAUGACAGUACUUGUGAUUGGUAGCAUGGAUGAUUAUGACAAACAAUUUUAUUUUGAUAUGAUCUAUCAAACUUUGGUAACAUGUCAAUAUGCAAAUUAGUUAUAAAUUACUUACCAUAUUACCAAAACACACAUUUCUGCUCAUCUGAGUGUAAAACUGAUGAUUUUAUUGUGUUCAGCACCCCCCAAAACCCCUAUAUGACACACAUUUUUUUAAAUAUCUGGUACGUAGAGGGAGUUAUGAGUCAUACGCAUAUUUAAUGAGCUCGACAUAGCCAAAUUUCCUGACGACCCAUUUUGCCGGAGGCUCAAUUUGACACAAAGUAGUCAUUUUGAAGGAUCAAAUUUAAAAAAAUAAUAUUAAACACAUACUUUCUGCUUUAUUUUCUUGAUUUAUGUAUCAAAUACUUUACAUACACUUAAUAUUGGACAUUUUAAGGCACUAAUUGUUACAUAUAUAUGCCUUUGAAAACGCAAAAUCUUCAAAAUCAUCGUUUUCACCCAAUUUCGCAUGAAAAACCACGCUUUUCUUGACAGUUUGAUUGAGCAUAUUUCGAAAACGCUUCAACCGAUUUGAACGAUUUAAAUUGCAUUCUUAUUUUUUUAUCUUACUCUUUCAAAUAAAGUAAUUCCCAGCAUUUUCUGGGAAUGUUUAAAAAAUAGUGUGUCC